CACCCUGAAGAAUAACCAUCAUCUAGAUUUUAGCAUUUCUUUACAACUUUUUGCCCCAUCUUCUAAUUUUCCUGAUCUGAAAAUAUGAAACUUUUGUUGCUCAUCUUUCUUGUUCAAGCUGUUCUUCUGACCAUAUAUCUACCGGCAAGCCAAGGCACGGUGCAGCCAAUGGAUGCCAGAUUGAUUGAGCAAACAUGCAAGCAGACGCCCCUAUACAAUCUUUGCGUAUCUAUUCUUAAAUCAGACUCUCGAAGUUCCAAGGCAGAUGUCACAGGGCUGGCUCUCAUCAUGGUUGAUGUACUCAAGGCCAAGGCAACUGGAACUAGGAACUAUAUUACGAGGCUUCUCCGGGGCAACCUAAAACGAGAUGUAAGGCAUGGCUUGAGCUCUUGUGCUGACGUAUACAAUGCUGUUUUAGAGGCUGAUGUCCCGGUAGCCAUUGAAGCUUUGCAGAAAGGUAAUCCUAAAUUUGCUGAACAAGCUGCAAAUGAUGCUGCCAUCGAGGCCAGUUCAUGUGAAAGGAGUUUCUCAGGCCAUUCGCCUCUCACUAAAAGUAACAAAUCCAUGCAGGAUGUCUCAUCUGUGGCUGCAGCCAUUGUCAGGUUAUUGCUUUAAGGGGUUGAUGCGUUUUUUGUUAUGAACUUCCCUACAACAGAUACAAAAUGAAAUAAUGUCUUUAAUGGGA